CUAUUUCGCUACUUUGCUCGGCACACCUCUUAUUACAUGUAAUUGUCCGAGGUGAGCCGAGUACGCACUUAGCUAACAGCGAAGUCCGUCACGAUACUCGCCAAACUCGGAUAUUGCUAUCUUGUAAUAUAGCCUGGAAUAAUGAGACUAUCCAGAAACUAGUUACCAUCCAGUCUGAUCCGGUCCUAUUCUAGUCACCAUCCAGUCUGAUCCGGUCCUAUUCUAGUCACCAUCCAGUUUGAUCCGGCCAUGUUAAACAGGACACUUCAAGUCAUUAUGUCUACAACAUACCUAGUGACAGAGGAGCAUUGACAAUAUAGAGCACAAUCUUAGAAACUAAAUUUAUCUUCAGAAGUGCUGUAUUUUUUUUUUUGUGUGUGGGGGGAGGGAGGAAUUAGUACAAUUUAAUGUUGAAUAAUGUAAUAAUUAUAUACAUCAUCUUUCAAUCCCAGAAGACAAAUUGAAAGGUCAUUGAGACAGGAACAGCAUCUUCGGUAUGAAUAUAAAAACAUGAUAAAGCUCAUAAUGCACAGUUGUUGAAGUAAUUAAAUUCAAAGCUGAUGCGGUGCAUAUGAAUGAACUUAGUGUCGUGUUUAUGUGAGAAGUUGACUAGGAUGUGAAGACAGGAAACUUAUACACACAAGCUUGUAUAUAUAUACACACAAGUGGAUUAAAAGUAUAUUGAAGAAAAGAAGAACAUAACAUUACCCGAUACAGCAUUUAAUCAGGAGAGAUUUUUCAAUGUUUGUUUUAAUGACCCACCAUGUUCAAUUAUACAUGUGAUAGAAGUCACUAAGGACAAAAAUUGUACAAAAUGGUGUUGAACUUGACAAAUAGUACCACAUCAUCCCCAGGAGGAGCCGUGUCCAUUGAGAAUUUAUACCCGGCAAUUGUUCAGUGUUUUGUCAUCAUUUUAUCGGGAUACAUCGCGGGACGAUGGGACUGCAUUACUCCCUCCCAGGGAAAGGGCAUCGGCACAUUUGUAUCCAAGUUCUGCCUGCCUGCUCUACUGUUCAAGAACAUGUGCAUUUUAAACUUUGGGGACGUGAACUGGAUAUUCCUGCUGUGUAUUCUGAUAGCUAAGUCGGUGGUCUUCUUCCUAGUCAUCAUCAUAUGCUUACUUAUAAAACGGCCACGUAACUACGGGAUUGCUGGACUCUUUGCCAUAUUUUGCACGCAGAGUAAUGAUUUUGCACUUGGAUAUCCGUUAUUACAAGCCCUGUAUGAGGACACUCACCCAGAAUACCUAAAAUACAUCUAUCUCAUUGCACCCAUCUCUGUGGUGUUUCUUAAUCCGAUCGGGUUUGUUAUGCUGGAAAUACAGAAACACAGAGAGAGGGAGCUGGAAGACACAUCCACUGAUAUUGCAGGUCAAGGGUCGUGUAUGCCACUUUCCAUUGGUUUACAUGUUGCCAAAGGAGUCAUCACAAAUCCCAUCGUCUUCAUGACCUUUAUUGGAAUAAUUGGAAACUUUGUUUUUCAGCGGAAUAUUCCAGAUUUCUUGUCAGAUAUAUUGGAUGUUUUUGGGGAUGCUUAUGCUGCGUCUGCACUGUUCUGUCUGGGCCUCAGUUUGGUAGGCAAGGUCAAAGGUCAGAUCACCCUGGCUAUGGUUGUACCACUGCUGCUGAUAGGAGCCAAAGGACUCCUGUUGCCCCUGGUGACUUGGCUAGUGGUGGGCGGGAUAGAGAGGAUUAGCAACGUGUCAAACUCCACAUCGGACGCCAUGUUUGGGUUUUUGUACGGAACAUUCCCCACAGCUCCAUCUGUCUUUCUGUAUGCUAGUCACUACGCCACAGCCACUGACUUAGUGGCCACAGGAAUGGUGGCGGGGACGUUUCUGGCGGCCCCCUUGAUGUUUGUCUCCGCCCGUAUGUUGAGUGUCGUGGUGGUCAGUGAAAUGGACUACAAAGACCUGCUACUGAAGACAUCCUUUGACACCAGUAUCAUCAGUAUGGUGGCCUGUGUGUGGGUACUGAUGAUAAUGAUUGGGAGCAAGAGAUAUAAAAGAAUUCCACAUCAAUUUCUAGUCUGUUUGUUACUGUCUCAUUUUAUAUCAUGUCUGGGUAUGGUGAUCUAUAGCUACAAGGACUGUUCGAAGGAAAUGCAGUCUUGGAAACACUACAUUGAGUUCACGAUGAUCCUGGUGGGGACUCUGGCCUCGCGCUGCUGGACAAUGGUCAUCGCAAUCACCCUGUACCUCAUCCACUGCCGCAGUCUGUGUUUUGUUCUCAGAAUUCGUUUCUGGCUAUUCUUUAUUGGUUUUGGAGUGCCUGUGUUCAGCACUGGUGUCCUGUAUCUACUGGGCAGACAUCACAUGCAUGAUGAGAUCGAUCCCUCCUUUCACUAUGGACGAGACCAGUCUAUCGUGUCGGUGUUGUUCAUCCUUAUAUGCUGCAUUGUGACCAUCAUCAGCCUCGUUCUGAAACAACGUAAUGGUCGUGAAUACAAACCUCUUACAACAGAGGAUCCCGACGUGGAACAGUCCAUCAGGGUCGGAAAGAUGAAGUCAAAGAUCAAAAGGGUCAAUGGCAGGGCGACACGGCCAGGAUUAGGAUCCUGCCAAAUCCAGAUCAAUUCAGAAAAUUCCACCAAUCGCAGCCCUCCUUCCAGGAGUUCUUGUAAUGAUUGUGACCAAGGCUGUGCUGGAGGUUUAGGAGAAACUCACUCGGAGGUUCGAACAAGAAAUCUUCAACAUGUACAAGUUGAGGACAACAUUGAAGAUAUUGUUCCAUUUCCUUGUGAGACAUCCAACCUCUUGUCUGACAGCUCAGAGAACAGUAGUUCCGAGUUGGGUCCUAGCCUGACAAAUUCCGUGGAGGAGCAGACCUGUACAUACGGAACAUGCUCCCGCGAUCAGAAACGUCAGUGCAUGGGGCGACUGAGAGCGUAUCAGGCAUCGGUGGUCAACAUUGCUGUUGGUGACGAUGGAGUGCGGAUUAAUCAGCCUCGACGCUGUCCGAAAGAUGAGUACCAGACAAACCGGUUCCUGGUUCUUCUCGUUCUGCUGCUACUCUCCAUGUUUAUCGGUCUCUUCCUUUGUACUUGGAGAUUGUUCAACAAAACCAUGUCGGGAAUUUAUGUGGAGAUGGAAUUCCUAGAUGCAGUGUUUAAUUAUGGACAGGGAUUCAUUAUCUUAGCAAUAUUUGGAUUUGAUACCAAAUACAUUUUCUUGCCAUUUAUAAGAAGUUUGGCAUCAAAUGUGCGAUUCAAAUGGCUGAAGCUGUUGUGUCUCAGAUGGCGCCGCUUUGUGUAUGGGGUGGAGGUGGUACAAAUUCCAGAGAGAGUUGAUCUUGAUGACGAAACCAUCCAUCUUUGUGAGCAGUUUAUCAGAUACCACAAAGACAACUGUGCCAAAAAAAUAGUCAAAGAUCAGAGGUACAAUUUUCGGGAGUACAGAGAUGUUUUUACAGGACUGGAGUUGUGUGAUUGGUUGACAAAGGUUGGUCUGGUACACGAUCGAGGAGAAGCUGUGAAAUAUGGAAGAACACUUCUGAUUGGACGAGUGAUUGCUCAUGUUAAGAAUGAACACCAUUUCCAUGAUCUGCCAUACUUUUAUAGUUUUCUCGAUGAUGAGGAAGCUGUCAUGAAGAGCAUAUCAGAAAAUACUUGAUGUUUGCUGUUACAGAUGAAUUGCACAAUCAGAAAAUGUAUUUCUCUUUACUGAGUCAGUCUGAAGUCGGUGUCUUUCUCCGUUUUCUGUUCGUAACCAAAUUUUCAUGGUACUCUGCCGAAUGAAAACAAUGGGCUUAUUUUUGUCCUCUUAUAUAUUUUGCCCCAACGUACUUUUGAAAGGCGUUUGAUGAAGAUGUGUAAAGAGGGAGAUAACUCUUAUGAAUGUUGAGAUCAAUCUAUAUAUAAAUGUGCUGUUUUGCAUUCCAUUAUGUAUGUUUAGUUGAUAUUGAAUGAUAUGUUGUUAUGGAAAAUCUUAAUGUAUAAAUCUAGUCUCCACAGCACUCAAAACACACAGUCAAACCUCGUUAUCGCAAACUCAAUGGGACUGGGAGAAAAGUUCGAGAUAUCCGAGGAUUCGAGAUAUCGAGGGUAAAAUACUAAAGAAUAAGCGGUUUUGACUUCCGAAUCACUUCGCCAUAUCCAUGGUAUUUGAGAUAUCGGUGUUCGACAUACCUAAGUGCAACUCUAUUUGAAAUGCUAUUGUUACUUUUGUUUUUGAAUGAUUUUUUUUCUUCUGAAUCAUAUAUUUUUUUACUGUACUUUAAAUUUUACUAAAUGCUGCAUGGUGACAGUUUGUAGAUUAUAUUUGUAGAUCUACAUGUUUCAUUUAAAUUACAACAUGUAAUUAACCUUAUUAUCGUUAAUCUUAAUGAACAGGGAUUCUGUGUUAUAUCAUACAGAUCAUUCCGUAUGCUGUGAAUGGUGCUAUAUAUUACGCAUUCCGAUAUAGUGUGUGUGUGCUGUUACAGUAUUUUGUUCAGAUUUAUUUGACUUUGAAUUCUUUUCUAAUUCUUUAUUUUUAUAAGUGGAUCAGUGAAUUUGCCAAACUUAUGAAAUGAAGAUAACAAUUUUUGGGUCCCCUGAAUCACUCUGUGGACCUGUAAAGAUCUGUUUGUAUCCAUCAUGAUAUUUUUCUACUUUGUCUCAAAUACUGUUCCAAGCGGUAUCAAUUAAGUAAUUCCAUGCUCUUCUUUUGUUUUGCCAAUAACAUACGCAGAUUUUAAUAUGAUAUUUGUGAUCCCUGGUGGGAGAGGGGGAGGGGGUAGGCACUGUAGUUCCGUUUGUUUACACUAACAUGUUCCUGUGUGUACAGGAUUUUUAAAUUGUAAUGUGGCUGACGAAAAGCUAAACAAAUACUACAGGAAAAAGGGCACAAAUGCACAGCAUGUAAAUAAGUAAAAAUAGGUCAAAGGAGGAAAAAACCUGUUAUACAGUUUGACUUCUCAAAAGUAAAUAUAAUAACUCAUGUAGCAACUGUCAUAUGAUAUUUAGGCAAAACUAAACACUCGAAUUAUCAACCAAAGGCAACUGAACUGAUGAAAUCUAUUAAAGGUGCUGCAGUUAUGUCAGAAAAAGACAGUGAGUUAAGUAAUGCCAUAUGUAAAAGGGUUGUUGUGUAAUAUGAAUGCACAAAAUAUUGUACUGUUCAUCAUUCCAAAUAAGAAAAUGGUUAUUGGUUAAAGAAUGACUCAUAUAAAUGUCAGUAAUGCUAAACUGCGACAGUUAUUUAUCUUGGUUAACAAAACAUAAAAAACAUCGGCCUUAUAUUUUAAAUAUAACACGCCAGUCUAUUAUUGGAAACCGGUGUUUUCCAUUUAGAUUUCUGAGUUGGCCGUUUCGUCAGCAAAUGCGCUAUACCUCUUUGGGGAAAUAUUUUACACUCAGAACUCUUGGCUUCACAUCUGCCUAAAAUUAGCUUCGUCCUGCACUUGCAUGUAACUUACCUGAGGAAAACUGACUGGUUAAAAACCUCAGUCUUUAAGCUACAUGGACCUUUUAUUCAUGCAAUGCAAAGAAAGUAUGUCACAGCCAGCUGAUGAUGGCAGAUACUACUUGAAGCAAAGCUCUACAAAUGAUGGCUUUUCACGGGCGUAUUGUGUACCGUUUUUCGGUACUUUUGUUUAGUAGCUCCUAUGACCUUGUCUGUUAAUUUAAUUCCGUUGUUUGAAAUAAACUAUUUUUUCAUGAAA